CGGAAUCUAAUAGUUAUAUGUCGUUGGCAGAGGUCGCUGGCGUGAAGAAUAUGGCGGAAGGCGUGGAAGUUGUGCUGUCAAGCUUAGGUUUGUCCGAAAAUAAAAUUAAAGAAACGAUAAAAAAUGAAGCUUUAACUAAAACUUUAGUCGAAGUGGUAGAAGAGGCAAACAAGUAUAUUCAAAAUGGAAUUAGUAAGUCUGUUGGUACCCUCCUCUAUACAGCAGCUACAAAAAUCAAGGCCCAGACUAAAAAUAAACUCCCUCUUCUGGUCGAAUACAUUGCAAAAAGGAAGAUUGAUUCUGAAGUCAAGUUAUCAAGUGCUUUAGAAUAUCUGCUAACACAUCCAACCGAGGCAUUAAAUAUAGAAGAAUUUGAAAAUGCUGCAGGAGUGGGAGUCUCAAUAUCUCCCGAACAGAUUGAAAAAGUCGUGGAAGAUAUUAUUUUCAAGCAUAAAGAACAGCUUCAGAAUCAACGGUAUAGCUUUAAUGUUGGAAUUUUGAUGGCUGAAGCAAGAACCAGACUAAAGUUUGCCGAUGGAAAAUCAAUUAAAAAUGAAGUGGACAUGCAACUUCUUGAUCUCUUGGGACCAAAAACAGCUAAUGAUUUAGAAAAGAACAUCAAAACUAAGCAAAAAGAUGUAAGUAAACAGAAAGAAACAGUCAAAGUUAAUGGUGAUGUUCCUAAGAAAGUCGAAGAACAGCUUGGUGCAAGUACUAUUUCAGAAUUAAUGAAAACAAAAGUACACUUCCACAAGCCAGGAGAGAAUUAUAAAACUGAUGGAUAUGUAAUUACUCCAAACACAAUGAAGUUGUUACAGAAUCAUUUAAAAGUUACUAAUGGACAGGUAAGAACAAGGUUUCCACCUGAACCUAAUGGCAUCCUACAUAUAGGACAUGCAAAGGCUAUUAACAUUAAUUUUGGUUAUGCCAAAGCCCAUGGUGGUAUUUGCUUCCUUCGCUAUGAUGACACUAAUCCAGAGAAGGAAGAGGAAAUAUAUUUCAAGGGUAUUCUAGAAAUGGUAGAAUGGUUAGGCUAUAAACCCAAUGUGAUAUCGCAUUCAUCUGAUUAUUUUGAUGAACUAUACAAUUUUGCCUGUGAACUGAUCAGAAGAGAUUUAGCUUACAUUUGCCAUCAGAAACAGGAAGACAUCAAAGGUUUCAAUCCUCCUCCUUCGCCAUGGAGAAAUCGUCCAGUUGAAGAGAGUCUCAGGUUGUUUGAAGAUAUGAAAAGAGGUAAAAUUUCGGAGGGUGAGGCCACUCUGAGGAUGAAGACCACCCUGGAAGAAGGGAAACAAGAUCCUGUAGCCUACAGGAUAAAAUUUCUUCCACAUCACAGGACUAGCAAUAAAUGGUGUAUUUAUCCUACUUACGAUUUCACUCACUGUUUGUGUGAUUCUCUGGAAAAUAUCACCCAUUCUCUCUGUACAAAAGAAUUUCAGUCGAGGCGAUCGUCAUACUACUGGUUGUGCAAUUCCCUAGAUAUAUAUUGUCCCGUGCAGUGGGAAUAUGCACGUCUUAACAUGAACUAUACUGUUGUGUCCAAAAGAAAAAUAGUAAAACUCAUCACUGAAGGAAUAGUAAGUGGCUGGGAUGACCCCAGACUCUUCACCCUUACAGCUCUUCGUCGUCGUGGAUUCCCUCCAGAAGCCAUUAAUAAUUUCUGUGCUCAAAUGGGUUUGACGGGAGCCCAAGCAACAGUUGAUCCUCAGAUGCUAGAAGCCUACGUUAGGGACAUUUUAAAUAAUACAGCACCUAGGUAAAUAUUUUCAAUCAAUAAUAAUUUAUUUCAACUUCAUAUAUUUUUGCCUUAUAAGAUGCACUGUCAUAUUGCAUGCAUUAUAAUUUUUGGAUAAGUUCUAGGUACGAAAAUUUGUGUCUUAUAAGACAAAACAAAUAGCAAUAAACCAAACUUAAACAACUUUUUCCAUUAGCCAUACUGUUUUAUCAGCCUUUAAUAAACAUUAUCUAAACAAGAUAGAAUUUCCAUGUGAAACAUAUAGUAAUAAAAUGAUGAUGAUGGAGUUGUUAAUUGUCACAAAAUAAAGUAGACCAAAAUUUUUACAGAAUUCAUUACAGUUUGGUUUAAAUUACCUUCACAUUUUCCAUAUUUCCAAUAAUGAUUACUUUCUGAACUUUUUUAUGUGAACAAUAAAGGUUUCUUGUAUAUAAAUGUGUCUUUAACCUAUCUGAUGUUGAAAUUCUUCUCCAUUGCCUGUGAUGCCAUGUUGAAUUUUUGUCGAUGUUAAGCCUAACGAAAAUUACACAUUUUUUAUAAAAGUAAUCAUGGCUAUUUUAUUAUUCGAAAUUAUAUUUUUAUUUUUCACAAACAAAAUAGAUAUUAAUACAUAUAAAAACAAAAAAAAAUAUUUCAAAAGUUCGUUUUAAUAUAAAAAUUAUGAUGCAUAGUGACAUCUAGUACCAAAAACGUUCUGAUGCAGAGACAAAAAUAUUCAGGAACAAUGCAGGACAGGUUAAUCCAAAAACUUGUUCGGUAGACUAUCUCACAGCAUUCCGGUUAGAAA